CUGUUUGUUCUGGAUCUGGGGCGAGGAAGGUCCGCGCGGCUGCCACCCGCCUGGAGAAGGUGUGACACUCAGCCCUCUACCAGCGUGUUGCGGUUUCCUUGCCUCGACAGCGCGCCUCUGACGGACUUCAGGUGUCACCUCAGGAAAUCGCCCCCUCACCAACUGAGAUAUGAUCACAGAAUCGGAUUAGACCACAGCGGCACGGCAACAAACAUUGAGUCGAGUGAGGAGUGGAAUGGCCUGAGGGGGCUCCCCCCAGUCCCACCUGCCCCCGCCAGGUCCCGACUGCCUCCACUGUUUGCUCAGCCCCUGCGACCCACCGCUGCGAUGGGAGACGGACUGCAGGCAGGCAACAGCCAGAACCCCCCCUCUGCCCCCCCACCUCUCGCCUUCAACGCCCCGGCACCCGACACGCGGGACCCCUCCCGACCCAAGCGACAGACCAACCAGCUGGAGUACCUGCUUAAAGUGGUGUUUAAAACGGUAUGGAAGCACCACUUUGCUUGGCCCUUCCAAGCUCCCGUAGACGCCAUCAAACUCAAUUUACCUGACUACUACAAGAUCAUCAAGAUUCCUAUGGACAUGGGCACAAUAAAGAAACGCCUGGAGAGCAACUACUACUGGAACGCCCAGGAGUGUAUCCAAGACUUCAACACGAUGUUCACCAACUGCUACAUCUACAACAAGCCGGGGGAUGAUAUCGUCCUAAUGGCGGAGGCCUUGGAAAAGCACUUCCUCCAGAAGAUCACACAGAUGCCGCAGGAGGAGACGGAGAUCGCCGUGGUCACCAAGGGACGAAGGGGGUUCCGACGGGAGACAGCUCUAAUCACAAAGUCAGACUCAGGCCAGGACUCGUCGUCCCCCUCUUCCACGCCCCAUACACGAGGCUUCUCAUCCCCGCCGACCACCCCUCACACCCGUCCUGCACCCCCCCCUCAAGGCCCUCCCACAUUAGCCCUGGCCCAGCCUCUAUCGCAGCCCCUGGUCCAGCCUGUGGUCCACCCCUUGUUCCAGCCCUUGGUCCAGCCCAUGUUCCCGCCCUCGAUCCAGCCCUCGAUCCAAGCUCUACUGCAGCCUCUGCCCCCCCCACGCGUGCCUCCCACACCCACCUCCCACGCCCACCUGGUCAGCCCGUUCCCCCUCUCAACCUCCGAUGUCCUGGCCCAAGGCUUGACCUCUGUUCCCUCCUCAGCCCCGGCUCACCCAGGCCUCCUACCCGUCCCCAUGCUGCAGAGCCCCCCCGCCCUUAUCAAGCAAAGAAAGAGCCAGAAGAGGAAAGCAGACACCACCACGCCCACGGCCAACGACCAGCUCAGUGAGUCCUCUCCCGUCUCCGCCGAGGCGCGGCCACGUCGAGACACCAUUCGUCCGUUGAAGCAACCCAAACGAGACGCGGCGCAGCCAGAUUCUCAGCAUCACCUGGUCGCUGGUCUGGAGGCGGGGGGGAUGGCGACGCUGAAUCGUCAGGAGCAGCUGCGUUCCUGUGCCCGCCUCGUCAGAGAGAUGCUGUCCAAGAAGCACGCGGCGUACGCCUGGCCCUUCUACAAGCCGGUCGAUGCUCGGGCGCUUGGCCUCCACGACUACCAUGACAUCAUCAAGCACCCCAUGGAUCUCAGCACCGUCAAGAAAAAGCUGGACAACAAACAGUACAGAGACGCUCAGGAGUUUGCGACAGAAGCCCGGUUGAUGUUCUCCAACUGUUAUAAGUACAAUCCUCCAGACCAUGACGUGGUCUCCAUGGCUCGCAAAUUACAGGACGUGUUCGAGAUGCGUUUGGCCAAAAUGCCGGAUGAGCCCGAGGAGCCCACCCCUGUUCCCACCCCGUCGUCGGCCCUCCACCCUGCCCCCUCCACUCGACAAGCCCCGCCUCCUUCUGCUGUCUCGGCGGGCGAGAGCUCCACCUCCUCCGAAUCGGAGUCCUCGGGAGGAGGCCCGGACAACGAGCGGCAACAUCGAUUGGCUGAGUUACAGGAACAGCUCAAAGCUGUCCACGAACAACUUGCAGCACUUUCUCAGCCGCAGACCAUCAAGCCCAAGAAGAAAGAGAGGGAGAAGAAAGAGAAGAAGAAAGAGAAGCACAAGAAGAAGAUGGGAGCAGAGGAGCCAGUGGAGGUCCCUCCUCCGCCUGUGAUGAUUCAGACGGCGAAGAAGAGCAAGAGCAUCAAGGAGCCGAUCACUGUGAAGAAGGAAAGGAAGAAGCCAGGGAAGAAGGAAGGAGUGAAAAACAGCCGCCCGACUGCCCCCCCCCAGCCGGGGCCGACCCCUCUCGUCCCCUCAGCCUCUCUGGAAGCAGAAGAGGAAAUCGAUGUAUUUGGGGGCGUGUCCACUGAAAGAGGCAAGCCUAUGUCGUACGAGGAGAAGCGUCAGCUGAGCCUCGACAUCAACAAACUGCCCGGCGACAAACUGGGCCGCGUCGUGCACAUCAUCCAAACCCGCGAGCCGUCGCUGAAGAACUCCAACCCGGACGAGAUCGAGAUCGACUUCGAGACGCUGAAGCCUUCCACGCUGCGGGAGCUGGAGAAGUACGUCUCCAGCUGCCUCAAGAAGAAGAAGAGGACAUCAGUAGACAAACCUCUGGAAACGACAAAUGUGACUAAGACGAAGACGGGAUCUUCAUCCUCAGGCAGCAGCGACUCCUCUGACAGUGAAGACUCUAGUGAGAAUGGGCUGGUUCCCACACCGCAGAAGAAGAGCUCGACUAACAAAGACAUCAAGCGACCACAUCACCAGUCCCUCAGCGGCGGAGUGGUCCCUGUCCCUCCUCAGCUGCAGCCUCAGCCUCCAGUCGUCCAGUCCAAGCUACCGUACGUCGCCCCCCCUCCUGUCCCUGUCCCCGUCCCGUCUCUGGACACCUCCCAGCUGCUGGCCUCAGGGUUCGAUCCCCUGGCUCACUUCAUGAACCCUCACCUGACGCAGACGAACCCGGCGCCGAAUCCAACCAUCGCUGCUGCUGGCGUCGCCGUCAGCGCCGGGCUCCUCAACACAAACACCCCCAGCAGCCAGAUGACCAGUGAGACGCAUCCGUUCCUCAACCAACAUCCCAUCAUCCCCUCGCCAGCGCUCCACAACGCUCUGCCCCAGCAACCAUCGAGACCUAGCAACCGAGCAGCACCGCUUCCCCCCAAGCCCCCCCAGCCCCCCCCGGCCUCCUCACCCCAGCUUCAGCCUUCGCUUCCCCUGACGCUCCCCCAGCCGCCCCCCCGUCCUCGCGUCCCCUCACCCCCGUCGCACGGCAUCUUGGGAACCCUCUCCUCACAACCCCCCCAAGCCCUGCUGGAGGACGACGAGGAGCCGACACCCACCAGUGCUGAAACCCCGCCCCUCAGCCAGGUGCACAGCUUCCUGCAGUCUCUGCAGCCGCGACCCCCCCCCACACAGACGCAGCCCAUGCACACGCACUCGCCCGUGCAGCUGAUGCCGUCGUUGCACAUGCCGGCCAUGGCGCUGUCCGGCCCGGGCCUGGCGCAGAGACACGGCUCUGCCCCCCCGCUCAUGCAGCAGCCGUUCCCGCAGAUAUCGACGGCUCAGCAGCAGAAAGGUUUGAUGCUGCAGCAGAAGGUUCAGCAGAUGCAGCUGCAGCUCCAGCAGCAGGCGUCUCCACCGAGUAAAGCAGAGCCGUACGCAACAGGUUGCCUGCGUGACAGCCCCCCUCCCCUGAUGAUGCACUCUCCUCAGUUCCAGUCACACCAGUCGCCGCCACAGACCAAGAAACAUGAGCCGAGGUCCAACCUGGUGGAGGUCAAAGAGGAGAAGCCCACCCACUCGCCCGUUCUGCCCCCCUCCCCCUUCAGUCCUGUUGUGCGUCAGGAUUCACACAAACCCGACAACAAACACAGAUUAGAUCUGAAGCCACUGGAUGGUUCUCGCCCUGGUUCUCGUCUCCUCGACUCCCCGGCGCCGCCGUGCUCCCAGCCGGACGCCAAGAUCAAGCAGGAGCCCAAAACUCCCACGGCUCCUAAGAAGACACAGGAGGUGAAGUUAAAGAACAUGGGUUCCUGGGCCAGCCUGGCUCAGAGGUCCCAGUCCACGCCGGCCUCCUCGGUCCGCUCCUCCAGCGACAGCUUCGAGCAGUUCCGCCGGGUGGCGAGGGAGAAGGAGGAGAGGGAGAGGCAGCUGAAGGCUCAGGCUGAACAGGCCAAGAAGGGCCAGGUGAAGCAUCGCCGUGACGACGACGACACCGUGGAGCAGGCUCGUCGAGUCCAGGAAGACACCCGCCGCCGCCCGGAGCAACAGUCGCCGCUGGCUCCCACACCGCCGGCUUCUACCCCGCCCACCACCUCUCCACAGGCUCCGCCCGCUCAGCCUCAACCCCAGACGCCGUCCUCCGCGGCUGCACAGAGCGCCCUCGACCAGCAGAGGGAGAUGGCGCGCCGCCGUGAGCAGGAGAGGCGCAGGAGAGAAGCGAUGGCCGACACCAUCGACAUCAACUUCCAGAGCGACCUGAUGGCCAUUUUUGAAGAGAACCUGUUCUGAGGAUGUGAUGAUGGGAGUGAGAGAAGGACCUAUAGACGUACAUUAGAAAAAAAGAAAUAUUCAAAAACGCAUAUACACCACAAAGCUCUGAUAUACAUGGUCGCUGCUCAUAUGAAUGCAAACACACACUCUUAAUAGUAACUGUCCCUUUCUCUCAGUAGUUGAAACAGCUGGCUUGUGUCAUGUGAAUGAGGAGCAGGGUAGGGGGGUCGGGGGGGGGGGUGAAACUGAAAGAAGAAGCUCCUCCCCCUUCCCCCCCUUCCCCCAGUUUUCCUCCAACCUCAGAUACGUUUUGGUGUCUGGCCCGGUGUGUUUAUGCUCGUUGGUUCUCCGGGGACGACAGACACUGAGACAUUAAGAAAGUUGUGUCUCUCGAGGACAACAAGGACGGCAGAGGGAAGAGGAGGCGGCUUAACUUUAACAUAAAGUAACGGCUUCGAUGAGUUGGAUUUAAGUUAAGUGAAAAUAAAAGAAAAACCUUAUUCUCUUAAUGUGUGACCGGAGAGAAACAGGGGGU